AUGUUUCGCGCACAGCAAAGUGCAUUUGACGAUGCCGUCGCCAAGGCGACGGAUGAGAAUCUGACCUCCGAGAAUUGGGAAUACAUUCUGGAUGUCUGUGAUAAGGUCUCUGUGGAAGAAUCAGGCGCGAAAGAGGCGGUUGCUGCCAUGAUCAAGAGGUUGGCUCAUAGGAAUGCCAACGUGCAGCUUUACACUUUGGAGCUCGGCAAUUCCCUAUCGCAAAAUUGCGGCCCCAAGAUUCAUCGCGAGCUGGCCUCGAGGAGCUUUACCGAUGCGCUUCUGCGUCUGGCAGCUGAUCGCAACACACACCAACAAGUCAAAUCCAAGAUCCUUGAACGGAUGCAGGAUUGGACGGAGAUGUUCGCGUCGAACCCGGAUUUUGGGAUUAUGGAGCAAGCAUAUAUGAAAUUGAAGACUCAGAAUCCCAACCUGCAGCCCCCGUCCAAGCCUGUUAAGAGCGCAAUGACCGAUAUUGAUCGACAAAAGGAGGACGAGGAGUUGCAGAUGGCACUUGCCCUCUCGAUCAAGGAUAAGAACCCGCCACUAGGUUCCGUGCCCCAAGCCGAGUCAUCCGCAGCGGCCGCUGCAUCUGCUGCGUCUGCGUCCACUCCAGCCCCAGCCAGCCAGGCCGAGCCUGCGGUUUCUCAGCCUGUUCCCUCGGGCACCUCUGCAGCUACUGUGUCGCGCGUUAGAGCGUUGUUCGACUUCCAGCCCUCGGAACCCGGAGAGCUUCAGUUUAGGAAGGGCGAUAUAAUUGCGGUCUUGGAAUCAGUCUACAAGGAUUGGUGGAAGGGUUCCCUACGUGGUCAGACCGGCAUCUUCCCUCUCAACUAUGUGGAGAAGCUCCCCGACCCGACUGUAGAAGAACUGCAGCGAGAGGCCCUGAUGGAAGGAGAGGUCUUUGGCCAGAUCAAGAACGUUGAAAAACUUCUGACACUGCUGGGCACCCGAACCUCAGACUUGAAUGUCCAGGAGAACGAGGAAAUUACUACCCUUUAUCAUUCCACGCUCGCCAUUCGACCCAAGCUGAUUGAACUAAUUGGAAAGUACUCACAGAAGAAGGAUGAGUUCACCCAACUCAACGAGAAGUUCAUCAAGGCACGCCGGGAUUACGAGUCACUGCUGGAGGCCUCGAUGGCGCACCCAGCACAACCACAGUAUGGACGCCCUGGCCAGCCGCAGUACGGAUAUCCUGGUGCCGCUCCCGUUGGAUAUACGCAAGGCCUUCCUCAAGCUGCUCCUCAGCCUGAUCAGCGAUACUUUAGUCCUCGACUCCAAGAAACCACAGCUCCGCAGUCGCAGCCCAACGCAUACUACGGUGCGGAGCAGACGAUACCAUACCGGCCUGCGUCUCACUCCCCCGAUCCUCGCGCUCAGUACGCAGGGGGAGCACAACCGCUGCACCAGCAGCAGAUCCCGCAGCAGCCCCCUCAAGCUGACCCCUACCAGCCUGUGCACCACCGUCCUCAGUCUACAUAUGACUCCCCGCAAGAACUCGGAACGUCCGUUUAUGACUCGCCAGUGGAACACCCAGCUGCUGCUAAUCAACGUCCCCCUUACCCGCCUACCGGCCAAGCACCACCGACUGCCCACCAGCAAUUCCAACAGCAGCAACAGCAGCCGCAGCAGGACUACUCCCCCUCUGUCUAUUCAAGUGACGACACCGCUCAGCCGCCCUCAGCCUCUGGAAUGCAUCAGCAACCCCCGCAUCAGUUCCCUCCCCAGCAGCACCAGGCGCAGCAAGCCCCCUACCCGACCUCCCCACCCCAUCAACAAGCCCCACCCUCGCACCAACCACCCCCCGCCCCCGGCGCCGCGCCUCAGCCCACCCAGUACACUGCCUUCAAACCAGCGCCAUCAGCACCCACCACCGGGGAAUACCAGGCAUACCAGCCCUCGCAGGCUGGCGUGCCUGCGUCGAACCCUGCUUCGUUCUACAGAUAA